AUGAACGGUUCGAGUGUCCGGCUGACUGGCAGUUGCCGGCUCCUGGGCGUAGCGCUCGUGGUGGACGACAUCAGUAAGGGCUGCAACCUAGCCUUCCGAUACCCUGCUCCACCCAGCGAGAGAGCGUCGAGCUUCCACUCCCUUCCAGCUCCUCUACUGGCCAAGCUCUUCCGGCCCAAGAACGCGCUCUGUAACGCCAGUUUCGAGCUUGUGGUGGAUGAUCUGCGCUUCGUGAGUCACCCGGUGCUAGUGUCGCGUCGACUACCAGCAGCAGCACCUGCGGAUGGCCCUGGAGGGACUGUAGAGCAGUCUACCAACAACUCUACGGGCGCCAUGGGGAAUGAGACAACCAUGUUUAACAUCAUUUUUGCGCUAGAAGAUCGUCCUCCACAAGUGUCUAGCACUCCUGACGCUACAGAUGGCUCAGUUGACACACAAAUGUUACCUUUGCAACAAGCAGACGAGGAGGAACUUUUAGCCAGAAGACGCAGCAGCGCUCAAGCUUUCCAUACCGUAGCCGCACAGUUGGCGAACGGACUGUUACACGAGGAACUUCGCGUGGGUUUUGUGUCGAAAGAAGUGCGAGAAUUGUUACAGUUAAGAGACGAAUUGGCUCAAAGUGAGCGGAAUGCAGGUAGUAACAAUGCAGGUGUUACCAGUGGUAACAGUCUAAGCGCCGCGGUGGCCGCAGGAGCGACUAGUGGCAGUAGUCUUACGAGUAAUACGGGAGCUAAUACUGCAUCAAGUGGGUCGAGUCUGAUGCACCUGCAUCACCACAGGAAGGACGGGGAAAACGGAUCGUCGACGGUGGAGGUGGAUCCCCAAACUCUAAUCGACGUUUCGUUAGGGAAGUGUGUGCUAGCCAAUGACCUCAAGCGAGUAUUCCAUGGUCUAGAAGAGUCGGGAGCUGCACAUGUGGUGCUUAACGGGUGGGUGAAAUUGUCGCUAACUCUAACGGAUGCUGUAACGGUGAAGAUGGCGAGUUUACGACCGUAUCACACGCUUCUGCUAUUGGCUGAUAAAGACGAAAUCCUCAACAAACUCCCAGUUGAUCAUGCGCGACAACUGCGCGAUCUGGUGGAGAGUGUAAACCCUCUAAAGAGCUUCCAGGAUAUUGCAUUAGAGACGGGAGUUCCGAUUCAUCAGGUCUUUCGACUGGCUGCACAUCUCGUUUACUGGGGCUUCGGUCGUAUUGUGGAUGCCAUCACUUUGUACAAUAUUUAUCAAGUCAAUGCCAAGGCAGAUCUGCACAUCACGUCGCCUCUGGCGUUGGAAUUCAGACGCAAAUUCGCUCCGUACGAGCUAGGCGAAGUCUUGUCGACGUUUUCGGGCUCUCGACGUAUUGGAGAGUACAUGAAGACCUUGUCGACUGCGAAGAAGACUGAGUACGUCCACAUGCUCAUCUGGCUACUGCAACAACGAUUUAUUGUACAGCUCCACCGCUUCAUAUACUUUAUGAUCCCGUCCGACGGAGACUACGCAGCUGAGCUCGGUAACGGCGCGUCAUCGGUUGGUAGCUCCUCUCCUGCGUUACUGGUGUCAAGUUUCCGUCGACAACGAGUCAAUAGUAGCGCAACAAACACCAGUGCGCCGGGUAGUUUGCCUAUAGCUCAGAUCCCGCCUAUGAACCCAGCAGACAUGGCGCCGUCCCCUGUGCCAGCACUGCUGGAUGAUAAUCCUGCUACCGACGCACGUGGGGGUAGUACAGUACCAAUGGCUCAAGUGAUGAGUGUGGCGACCCAAUUGUUGUUUACAGACCAGGAGCGUGCGUAUUUGGCCAAAAUUGCCAAGCCCAACUCAGUGUUUACGCUGUUUAAGAGACUAUGCGUCUAUUUCCAUGGAGAACACCACAUCGAAGAGAUUAUGUGGCGGGAGAACCUUUCACGUGGCGAACUGCGCACUGUCAUGAGCACGUAUCAGGAUAUCAUUGUAUGCUGUCUUCACGAGUGA